AUGGCUUACGUGCAAAUUCCAUAUAUUCCUGUCCUCACUCUUGUUCCGGCUCUUUUACUGUUGAUCCUAUGCUCCUUUUGGAGAGUGGAUGGAAACACUCUUCCUAUUAAUGGGCAAUUAACGCUGCGCAAUGUCACGGCCUCACUUGGACCUGAAUUUACAACGACAGACUUCCCUGUGGACAACAAUGAGAGCACGAGUGAAACCGAUGACUUCUCUGGUCGUAUUGUCUUAACAAACGUAAAUCCGGAGAGUGGGAGUGGCUGGGGCCUUAAUCAGCAGGAGGCAGAAAAAGCAUGCCAGAAAUUGCCGACCAGCCAUAUUGAAAUGCCGGUUGUUCUCAAUCCACUGAGACUUCUAUUAGAGAGUUUACGCAAUCAGUUCCUACCUAACCUGCAAAAUAUAGACUUUAAUACCGGCCACCUCCUUUCUAUUGGCUCGACGAAACAUAUCGCCACCAUUUUGAACGCCAUGAAACCUGUCCCCAAAGGCUCGUUCUGGACGGGCGGCAAAUUGAUCAAGUACCGAGUGAACAACCGCAAACGGGAUAGCCACGAGAUCAAGCUGAUUCUCACCUGGACUGACGGUCGUCGCGCGUCUGCCAGCAUACUUGGUCUACCACAGACUCAGAUUGCCCAACUCCAGGAGAGUCGGGAAUACUGUCUUGCAAUUGACUUCUCGGAGGCUGUUUGGCAGGCUCGUGACUGUGACGACCAAUUAGCCUUCGCCUGCCUACUGACUCGCCGGACUGACCACACGGCGACCAUGCAUGCCAUUCCAAUGGCAGCGACUCCCGCAUCCACAAGGUCCGAAACGUAUACUGCAACUAUCUCUUUGAGUCCCCAAAUCAGUACAACUGCUUCGAGUUCACCAUCUAUUCAUACAAACGCCUCUGGCAUAAGUGAAAAUUCAUUUUUUAAUAUCCCUACAAGUCCUGGCAAUUUGCCAAUAAGGAGCUUAGCUGCAGCAGUUGACAUGGACGAUGAUUUCAUAUGGCAGGAAGUGUUCGAAGACGGCAGAAACCCAGGCUCUUCCAUCACAUUAUCUAUCGAGGAGGACAUAGAUGAGGAUGGUUUCCACAUGCACGAUGAAAGUGAGUUUGUACGCCCCCCUUAUUUCCUGUCGGAAUCGUCAAACCGACGCUUCGACAGAGUCACAGAUCAGCAGUCUGAUGAGAUCUCACAGGCAUCCAUUUGGCCGGGCGAAACGAUUGAGCAUUCUAAAGAGGCGAAAGCUGUCGAUUCCAUUAAAUCCACUUUAUCUACACAAACCAAACAACCGAACGUCUCGGAACAACCUACUCAGGGAAAUGGUUUGCCCCAAAGAAGAAUUUCCAAUAGCAGAGGCCGGCCUAGGUUUGAAAGUAUGGAGGAGGAAGAGUCCCACUUCUUCAGAUGA